UUUUGUAUAAAAAUAGUAUCUUAUCGUUGCUUUACGUUCGUUUACUCAUACACAAAUAGCAGAGAAUCUCAAAAAAAAUUAUCUGUUACAUUUCCCGCCACAUAUUUAAAUUGCCGUUUUAAAUUUUCCCGCGGUGUUAUGAAAUCAACAGUUGCGUGCGCAAACGAGACUAGAUUCCAUUAUAUGCUGUAGCGUUGUCAUAAAGCGAUAAACGAUAAAGUAGUGCGCGUCAGUUAUCUUCUAGGGAAAGAAACCUAGAUUAUCAUUUUACUUCAAUUUAUUCGUAUCCUUAUUUACCAACACCAAUGAUGAAAACAUACAGUCGAAAAAAGCCGGACGAGCAACAGGAAGUUAUUUUACAUUUAAAUGAAUUGUGUCGUUUGUGUAUGACAAAAGAAGAUGAACUCGUUCCAAUUUUCAGUGACCAAGAUACUGUGCCUCUUACACUUCGAAUUAUGGCGUGUGUGUCGUUGGAGGUAUUUGAAGGUGAUGGACUCCCAGAUAAAAUCUGUCACCCCUGCAAGUUUCAACUGGAAAAGUCGUACAUUUUCAGAAAAAAAUGUGAGCAAUCUGACAUGAAACUCCGUCAACAUUUGAAAAUGUUGCAUGAGAGAAUUGGUGAUGUUGAAGUGUCAGAAAUGGAUGUAACUGAAACUGUGGAGUCUGAAGCUCAGGAACAUGAGAAAGAAGAGUGUGUUGUAGUGGGAGAACAAAUGAAUUCUGAACAGGACUUAGUCGGACUACCUAAAGUGACUUAUAUCGAACCAGAAGUAGAGAUCCCAGAUGAAGACCCACAAAGUAUCACUUUACCUAUUGAAACAGAUAAUAUCAACAAGGAUGCUUGCACAAUCAACAAUUUACCAUUGAAGAAAGAAGUUGUUGAAUUAGAUGGUGACUCACAAGAGGAAUAUGAUGAUGAAUCGAAUAAUAUGUACCUGCUAGGAAAGCAUGAAGAAACUUCAGAGUUUACCAAUCAGCAAUCAUUAGAACAACAAGAUCUAGAUGCAAUAACUGAUGCUGUUAAACAAACAUUAGCAUCACAUCCUGAUUUGAAUAUCAGUGGUGAAUUACAAAUGACAGUUGAUCAACAGCCAGGAAAACCAACCCAAGUUCAAGUAACUACAGCAGAUGGUUCAGUGGUUGUAAUGGAAUUAACAGCAGAAGAUGAAGUGGAUAUUAAACUUCCGCCUUAUGUAGAUGAGGAGAAUGAUGAGGAUGGUGAGCUGAAAAUAUUCCAUUGCCCUGAUUGUCCAAAAUCAUUCUCUAGAAGAAUACAACUAAGAAGACAUGCUUCUGUACACAUGCAGCAAAGAGGAUUUAGUUGUGGUAUCUGUGAGAAAUGGUUCCCAACAAGGUCUGCAUUAAUAAGACAUGAACGUAUUCAUACAGGAGAAAGACCAUUUCAGUGUGAAGUGUGUCAAAAAAGUUUUGCACAAAAAGAAAUUUUGUUUCGCCAUCUAAUGACACACACAGGACAAAAGCCAUACAAUUGCCCCCACUGUCCAAAAGGUUUUACACAGAAAGAACCUCUGAGGGUUCAUUUACGAUCACAUUUAAAUCCCAAUCCAACUGAUAUACAGUUGCACUACUGCUCACUGUGUCCUAAAGUGUUUUGUCAUGCAUCUGGACUGAGCCGUCACUUGGUGACACAUACAGGGAAGACAUUUAAAUGUAGAGACUGUGAUAAAAUUUUCACUGAUAAAAGUUCGCUAAGGAGACACCACAGACAGACACAACACCAGCCGUAGGAAUAUUUAGUUAUUCAAGUUUCAAUUUCGAAAUGGUAAUUAUGAUUUUUAUGAGCCUUUUCUAUUCAACUGUACACUUUAGUGAUUCUUAUGUAUGUACAUUAGAAAGUAUGAUUCUCAGUUUUAACAGGCAAGUUCGAAAAAGAAUGUUGUUCAUUUAGUUACACAUGACUUUUAGGUAGUUCAAGUAUUUUUAAAAUAUAUUUUAAUAAGUAUGAAAUAAAAUGUUUGUCUUA